GUAAAAUGGCCCGGAGAGAAAGGCUGCAGAGGAUCCCAAGAAGCAGAAGAAGCAAAGGCAAAGUAGCCCGGAGAGAGGCUGCAGAGGAUCCCAGUAAGACGAAGAAGAAGCAAAGGCAAAGUAGCCCGGAGAGAAACGCUGCAGAGGAUCCCAAGAAGAAGAAGCAAAGGCAAAGUAGCCCGGAGAGAAACGCUGCAGAGGAUCCCAAGAAGAAGAAGAAGCAAAGGCAAAGUAGCCCGGAGAGAAAGGCUGCAGAGGAUCCCAAGAAGAAGAAACAAGGGCAAAGUAGCCCGGAGAGAAAGGCUGCAGAGGAUCCCAAAAAGAAGAAGAAGAAGCAAAGGCAAAGUAGCCCGGAAAGAACGGCUGCAGAGGAUUCCAAGAAGAAGAAGAAGGAGCAAAGGCAAAAUAGCCCGGAGAGAAAGGCUGCAGAGGAUCCCAAGAAGAAGAAGAAGCAAAGGCAAAGUAGCCCGGAGAGAAAGGCUGCAGAGGAUCCCAAGAAAAAGAAGAAGCAAAGACAAAAAAAUCCGGAGAGAAAGGCUGCAGAGGAUCCCAAGAAGAAGAAGAAGCAAAGGCAAAGUAGCCCGGAGAGAAAGGCUGCAGAGGAUCCCAAGAAGAAGAAGAAGCAAAGGCAAAGUAGCCCGGAGAGAAAGGCGGCAGAGGAUCCCAAGAAGAAGAAGAAGCAAAGGCAAAAUAGCCCGGAGAGAAAGGCUGCAGAGGAUCCCAAGGAGAAGAAGAAGCAAAGGCAAAGCAGCCCGGAGAGAAAGGCUGCAGAGGAUCCCAAGAAGAAGAAGAAGCAAAGGCAAAGUAGCCCGGAGAGAAAGGCUGCAGAGGAUCCCAAGAAGAAGAAGAAGAAGAAGAAGCAAAAUAGCCCGGAGAGAAAGGCUGCAGAAGAUCCCAAGAAGAAGAAGCAAAGGCAAAGUAGCCCGGAGAGAAAGGCUGCAGAGGACUCCAAGAAGAAGAAGAAGCAAAGGCAAAAUAGCCCGGAGAGAAAGGCUGCAGAGGAUCCCAAGAAGAAGAAGAAGCAAAGGCAAAAUAGCCCGGAGAGAAAGACUGCAGAAGAUCCCAAGAAGAAGAAGAAGCAAAGGCAAAAGAGCCCGGAGAGAAACAUUGCAGAGGAUCCCAAGAAGAAGAAGAAGCAAAGGCAAAGUAGCCCGGAGAGAAAGAUUGCAGAGGCUGCAGAGGAUCCCAAGAAGAAGAAGAAGCAAAGGCAAAAUAGCCCGGAGAGAAAGACUGCAGAGGCUGCAGAGGAUCCCAAGAAGAAGAAGAAGCAAAGGCAAAGUAGCCCGGAGAGAAAGGCUGCAGAGGAUCCCAAGAAGAAGAAGAAGCAAAAGCAAAGUAGCCCGGAGAGAAAGAUUGCAGAGGAUCCCAAGAAGAAGAAGCAAAGGCAAAGUAGCCCGGAGAAAGAUUGUAGAGGAUCCCAAGAAGAAGAAGCAAGUAGCCCGGAGAGAAAGGCUGCAGAGGAUCCCAAGAAGAAGAAGAAGCAAAGGCAAAGUAGCCCGGAGAGAAAGACUGCAGAGGAUCCCAAGAAGAAGCACGGAGAGAAAGGCUGCAGAGGUCCCAAGACAAAGAAGAAGCAAAGGCAAAAAAGCCCGGAGAGAAAGGCUGCAGAUGAGCCCAAGAACAAGAAGAAGAAGCAAAGGCUAAGUAGUCCGGAGAGAAAGGCUGUAGAGGAUCCCAAGAAGAAGAAGAAGCAAAGGCAAAAUAGCCCGGAGAGAAAGGCUGCAGAGGAUCCCAAGAAAAAGAAGAAGCAAAGGCAAAAAAGCCCGGAGAGAAAGGCUGCAGAGGAUCCCAAGAACAAGAAGAAGAAGCAAAGGCAAAAGAGUCCGGAGAGAAAGGCUGCAGAGGACCACAAGAAGAAGAAGCAAAGGCAAAAUAGCCCGGAGAGAAAGGCUGCAGAGGAUCCCAAGAAGAAGAAGCAAAGGCAAAGUAGCCCGGAGAGAAAGACUGCAGAGGAUCUCAAGAAGAAGAAGAAGAAGAAGCAAAGGCAAAGUAGCCCGGAGAGAAAGGCUGCAGAGGAUCUCAAGAAGAAGAAGAAGCAAAGGCAAAGUAGCUCGGAGAGAAAGGCUGCAGAGGAUCCCAAGAAGAAGAAGAAGAAGGAAAGGCAAAAUUGCCCGGAGAGAAAGGCUGCAGAGGAUCCCAAGAAGAAGAAGCAAAGGCAAAACAACCCGGAGAGAAAGGCUGCAGAGGAUCCCAAGAAGAAGAAGAAGCAAAGGCAAAGUAGCCCGGAACGAAAGGCUGCAGAGGAUCCCAACAAGAAGAAGAAAAAGAAGAAGAAGAAGAAGCAAAGGCAAAGUAGUCCGGAGAGAAAGGCUGCAGAGGAUCACAAGAAGAAGAAGAAGCAAAGGCAAAAGAGCCCGGCUGCAGAGGAUCCCAAGAAGAAGAAGAAUAAGAAGAAGCAAAGGCAAGCAAGACCGGAGAGAAAGGUUGCAGAGGAUACCAAGAAGAAGAAGAAGCAAAGACAAAAUAAUCCGGAGAGAAAGGCUGUAGAAGAUCCCAAGAAGAAGAAGCAAAGGCAAAGUAGCCCGGAGAGAAAGGCUGCAGAGGAUCCCAAGAAGAAGCAGAAGCAAAGGCAAAGUAGCCCGGAGAGAAAAGCUGCAGAGGAUCCCAAGAAGAAGAAGAAGCAAAGGCAAAGUAGCCCGGAGAGAAAGGCUGCAGAGGAUCCCAAGAAGAAGAAGAAGCAAAGGCAAAGUAGCCGGGAGAGAAAGAUUGCAGAGGAUCCCAAGAAGAAGAAGAAGCAAAGGCAAAGUAGCCCGGAGAGAAAGGCUGCAGAGGAUCCUAAGAAAAAGAAGAAGCAAAGACAAAAAAGUCCGGAGAGAAAGGUUGCAGAGGAUUCCAAGAAGAAGAAGAAGAAGAAGAAGCACAGGCAAAGUAGCCCGGAGAGAAAGGCUGCAGAGGAUCCCAAGAAGAAGAAGCAAAGGCAAAGUAGCCCGGAGAGAAAGUCUGCAGAGGAUCCCAAGAAGAAGAUUAAGCAAAGGCAAAGUAGCCCGGAGAAAGAUUGUAGAGGAUCCCAAGAAGAAGAAGCAAACCAAAGUAGCCCGGAGAGAAAGGCUGCAGAGGAUCUCAAGAAGAAGAAGAAGCAAAGGCAAAGUAGCACGGAGAGAAAGGCUGCAGAGGAUCCCAAGAAGAAGAAGAAGCAAAGUCAAAAUAGUCCGGAGAGAAAGGCUGUAGAGGAUCCCAAGAAGAAGAAGCAAAGGCAAAAUAGCCCGGAGAGAAACGCUGCAGAGGAUCCCAAGAAGAAGAAGCAGCAAAGCCAAAAUAGCCCGGAGAGAAAGGCUGCAGAGGAUCCCAAGAAGAAGAAGAAGCAAAGGCAAAGUAGCCCGGAGAGAAAGGUUACAGAGGAUCCCAUCAAGAAGAAGAAGCAAAGGCAAAGUAGCCCGGAGAGAAAGGCUGCAGAGGAUCCCAAGAAGAAGCAAAGGCAAAGUAGCCCGGAAAGAAAGGCUACAGAGGAUCCCAAGAAGAAGAAGAAGAAGCAAAAGCAAAUAAGGCCGGAGAGAAAUGCUGAGGAUCCCAAGAAGAAGAAGAAGCAAAGGCAAAAUAGCCCGGAGAGAAAGGCUGCAGAGGAUCCCAAGGAGAAGAAGAAGCAAAGGCAAAGUAGCCCGGAGAGAAAGGCUGCAGAGGAUCCCAAGAAGAAGAAGAAGCAAAGGCAAAGUAGCCCGGAGAGAAAGGCUGUAGAGGAUCCCAAGAAGAAGAAGCAAAGGCUAAGUAGUCCGGAGAGAAAGGCUGCAGAGGAUCCCAAGAAGAAGAAGAAGCAAAGGCAAAGUAGCCCGGAGAGAAAGAUUGCAGAGGAUCCCAAGAAGAAGAAGAAGAAGCAAAGGCAAAGUAGCCCGGAGAGAAAGGCUGCAGAGGAUCCCAGGAAGAAGAAGAAGCUAAGGCAAAAUAGGCAAAGUAGCCCGGAGAGAAAGGCUGCAGAGGAUCCUAAGAAGAAGAAGAAGAAGCAAAGUCAAAGUAGCCCGGAGAGAAAGGCUGCAGAGGAUACCAAGAAGAAGAAGAAGAAGAAGCAAAGGCAAGUUGCAGAGGAUCCCAAGAAGACGAAGAAGCAAAGGCAAAGUAGCCCGGAGAGAAAGGCUGCAGAGGAUCCCAAGAAGAAGAAGCAAAGGCAAAGUAGCCCGGAGAGAAGGGCUGCAGAGGAUCCCAAGAAGAAGAAGAAGCAAAGGCAAAGUAGUCCGGAGAGAAAGGCUACAGAGGAUCCCAAGAAGAAGAAGCAAAGGCAAAGUAGCCAGGAGAGAAGGGCUACAGAGGAUCCCAAGAAGAAGAAGAAAAAGAAGAAGAAAAAGAAGAAGCAAAGGCAAAGUAGCCCGGAGAGAAAGGCUGCAGAGGAUCCCAAGAAGAAGAAGAAGCCAAGGCAAAGUAGCCCGGAGAGAAAGGCUGCAGAGGAUCCCAAGAAGAAGAAGAAGCAAAGGCAAAGUAGCCUGGAGAGAAAGGCUGCAGAGGAUCCCAAGAAGAAGAAGGAGCAAAGGCAAAGUAGCCCGGAGAGAAAGGCUGUAGAGGAUCCCAAGAAGAAGAAGAAGAAGCAAAGGCAAAAUAGCCCGGAGAGAAAGGCUGCAGAGGAUCCCAAGAAGAAGAAGAAGCAAAGGCAAAAUAGCCCGGAGAGAAAGGCUGCAGAGGAUGAUCCCAAGAAGAAGAAGAAGCAAAGACAAAAUAGCCCGGAGAGAAAGGCUGCAGAGGAUCCCAAGAAGAAGAAGAAUCAAAGGCAAAGUGGCCCGGAGAGAAAGGCUGCAGAGGAUCCCAAGAAGAAGAAGCAAAGACAAAGUAGCCCGGAGAGAAAGGCUGCAGAGGCUGCAGAGGAUCCCAAGAAGAAGAAGAAGCAAAGGCAAAAGAGCCCGGAGAGAAAGGCUGCAGAGGAUCCCAAGAAGAAGAAGAAGCAGCAAAGGCAAAGUAGCCCGGAGAGAAAGGCUGCAGAGGAUCCCAAGAAGAAGAAGAAGAAGAAGCGAAGGCAAAGUAGCCCGGAGAGAAAGGCUGCAGAGUAUCCCAAGAAGAAGAAGCAAAGGCAAAGUGGCCCGGAGAGAAAGGCUGCAGAGGAUCCCAAGAAGAAGAAGAAGCAAAGGCAAAAUAGCCCGGAGAGAAAGGCUGCAGAGUAUCCCAAGAAGAAGAAGAAGAAGCAAAAGCAAAGUAGCCCGGAGAGCAAGGAUGCAGAGGAUCCCAAGAAGAAGAAGAAGCAAAGGCAAAGUAGCCCGGGGAGAAAGGCUGCAGAGGAUCCCAAGAAGAAGAAGAAGAAAAGGCAAAGUAGCCCGGAGAGAAAGGCUGCAGAGGAUCCCAAGAAGAAGAAGAAGCAAAGGCAAAGUAUUGGUAGCCCGGAGAGAAAGGCUGCAGAGGAUCCCAAGAAGAAGAAGCAAAGGCAAAGUAGCCGGGAGAGAAAGGCUGCAGAGGAUCCCAAGAAGAAGAAGAAGCAAAGGCAACGUAGCCCGGAGAGAAAGGCUGCAGAGGAUUCCAAGAAGAAGAAGAAGCAAAGGCAAAAAAGUCCGGAGAGAAAGGCUGCAGAGGAUCCCAAGAAGAAGAAGAAGCAAAGAAAAAAAAGCCCGGAGAGAAAGGCUGCAGAGGAUCCCAAGAAGAAGAAGAAGCAAAGGCAAAUGAGCCCGGAGAGAAAGGCUGCAGAGGAUCCCAAGAAGAAGAAGAAGCAAAAGCAAAGUAGCCCGCAGAGAAAGGCUGCAGAGGAUCCCAAGAAGAAGAAGCACAGGCAAAGUAGCCCGGAGAGAAAGGCUGCAGAGGAUCCCAAGAAGAAGAAGAAGCAAAGGCAAAGUAGCCCGGAGAGAAAGGCUGUAGAGGAUCCCAAGAAGAAGAAGCCAAGGCAAAGUAGUCCGGAGAGAAAGGCUGCAGAGGAUCCCAAGAAGAAGAAGAAGCAAAGGCAAAGUAGCCCGGAGAGAAGGGCUAUAGAGGGUCCCAAGAAGAAGGAGCAAAGGCAAAGUAUUGGUAGCCCGGAGAGAAAGGCUGCAUUGGAUCCCAAGAAGAAGAAGAAGCAAAGGCAAAGUAGCCCGGAGAGAAAGGCUAUAGAGGAUCCCAAGAAGAAGAAGCAAAGGCAAAGUAGUCCGCAGAGAAAGGCUGCAGAGGAUCCCAAGAAGAAGAAGAAGAAAAAGAAGAAGAAGAAAAGGCAAAGUAGCCCGGAGGGAAAGGCUGCAGAGGAUCCCAAGAAGAAGAAGAAGCCAAGGCAAAGUAGCCCGGAGAGAAAGGCUGCAGAGGAUUUCAAGAAGAAGAAGCAAAGUAGCCCGGAGAGAAAGGCUGCAGAGGAUCCCAAGAAGAAGAAGAAGAAGCAAAGGCAAAGUGGCCCGGAGAGAAAGGCUGCAGAGGAUCCCAAGAAGAAGAAGAAACAAAGGCAAAAUAGCCCGGAGAGAAAGGCUGCAGAGGAUCCCAAGAAGAAGAAGAAGCAAAGGAAAACUGGCCCGGAGAGAAAGGCUGCAGAGGACGCCAAGAAGAAGAAGCAAAGGCAAAGUAGCCCGGAGAGAAAGGUUGCAGAGGAUCCCAAGAAGAAGAAGCAAAGGCAAAGUAGCCCGGAGAGAAAGGUUGCAGAGGAUCCCAAGAAGAAGAUGCAAAGGCAAAAUAGUCCGGAGAGAAAGGCUGCAGAGGAUCCCAAGAAGAAGAAGAAGCAAAGACAAAGUAGCCCGGAGAGAAAGGCUGCAGAGGAUCCCAAGAAGAAGAAGGAAGCAAAGGCUGCAGAGGAUCCCAAGAAGAAGAAGAAGAAAAGGCAAAGUAGCCCGGAGAGAAAGGUUGCAGAAGAUCCCAAGAAGAAGAAGAAGCCAAGGCAAAAUAGUCCGGAGAGAAAGACUGCAGAGGAUCCCAAGAAGAAGAAGGCUGCAGAGGAUCCCAAGAAGAAGAAGAAGCAAAGGCAAAGUAGCCAGGAGAGAAAGACUGCAGAGGAUCCCAAGAAGAAGAAGGAAGCAAAGGAUCCCAAGAAGAAGAAGCAAAGGCAAAGUAUUGGUAAGGCUGUCAAGGAUCCCAAGAAGAACAAGAAGCAAAGGCAAAGGAGUCCGGAGAGAAAAGCUGCAGAGGAUCCCAAGAAGAAGAAGCAAAGGCAAAGUAGCCCGGAGAGAAAGGCUGCAGAGGAUCCCAAGAAGAAGAAGAAGCAAAGGCAAAGUAGCCCGGAGAGAAAGGCUGCAGAGGACCCCAAGAAGAAGAAGAAGCAAAGGAAAAGUAGCCCGGAGAGAAAGGCUGCAGAGGAUCCCAAGAAGAAGAAGCCAAGGCAAAGUAGCCCGAAGAGAAAGGUUGCAGAGGAUCCUAAAAAGAAGAAGAGGAAGCAAAGGCAAAGUAGUCCGGAGAGAAAGGCUGCAGAGGAUCCCAAGAAGAAGAAGAAGCAAAGGCAAAGUAACACGGAGAGAAAGGCUGCAGAGGAUCCCAAGAAGAAGAAGCAAAGGCAAAGUAGCCCUACAGAGGAUCCCAAGAAGAAGAAGAAGCAAAGGCAAUCUAGCUCGGAGAGAAAGGCUGUAGAGGAUCCCAAGAAGAAGAAGAGGCAAAGGCAAAGUAGUCCGGAGAGAAAGGCUGCAGAGGAUCCAAAGAAGAAGGAGAAGCAAAGGCAAAGCAGCUCGGAGAGAAAGGUUGCAGAGGAUUUCAAGAAGAAGAAGAAGACGAAACAAAGGCAAAAGAGUCCGGAGAGAAAGGCUGCAGAGGACCCCAAGAAGAAGAAGCAAAGGCAAAGUAGUCUGGAGAGAAAGGCUGCAGAGGAUCCCAAGCAGAAGAAGAAGCAAAGACAAAGUAGCCCGGAAAGAACGGCUGCAGAGGAUCCCAAGAAGAAGAAGAAGCAAAGGCAAACUAGCCCGGAGAGAAAGGCUGCAGAGGAUCCCAAGAAGAAGAAGAAGCAAAGGCAAAGUAGAAAGCUUGCAGAGGAUCCCAAGAAGAAGAAGAAGCAAAGGCAAAGUAGCCCGGAGAGAAAGGCUGCAGAAGAUCCCAAGAAGAAGAAGCAAAGGCAAAGUAGCGAGGAGAGAAAGGCUGCAGAGGAUCCCAAGAAAAAGAAGCAAAGGCAAAAUAGCCCGGAGAGAAAGGCUGCAGAAGAUCGCAAGAAGAAGAAGAAGAAGAAGCAAAGGCAAAGUAGCCCGGAGAGAAAGGCUGCAAAGGAUCCCAAGAAGAAGAAGAAGAAGCAAAGGCAAAGUAGCCCGGAGAGAAACGCUGCAGAGGAUCCCAAGAAAAAGAAGAAGCAAAGGCAAAGCAAAGUGGCCCGGAGAGAAAGGCUGCAGAGUGCAGAGGAUCCCAAGAAGAAGAAGAAGCAAAGGCAAAAGAGCUCGCAGAGAAAGGCUGCAGAGGACCCCAAGAAGAAGAAGAAGCAAAGCCAAAAAAGUCCGGAGAGAAAGGCUGCAGAGGAUCCCAAGAAGAAAAAGCAAAGACAAAGUAGCCCUGCAGAGGAUCCCAAGAAGAAGAAGCAAAGGCAAAGUAGUCCGGAGAGAAAGGCUGCAGAGGAUCCCAAGAAGAAGAAGAAGAAGAAGCAAAGGCAACGGAGAAAGGCUGCAGAGGAUCCCAAAAAGAAGAACAAGCAAAGGCAAAGUAGUCCGCAGAGAAAGAAUGCAGAGGAUCCCAAGAAGAAGAAGCAAAGGCAAAGAAGUCCGGAGAGAAAGACUGCAGAGGAUCCCAAGAAGAGGAAGCAAAGGCAAAGUAGCCCGGAGAGAAAGGCUGCAGAGGAUCACAAGAAGAAGAAGAAGAAAAGGCAAAGUAGCCCGGAAAGAAAGGCUGCAGAGGAUCCCAAGAAGAACAAGCAAAGGCAAAGUAGCCCGGAGAGAAAGGCUGCAGAGGAUCCAAAGAAGAAUAAGAAGCAAAGGCAACGUAGCCCGGAGAGAAAGACUACAGAGGAUCCCAAGAAGAAGAAGAAGAAGCAAAGGCAAAGUAUUGGUAGCCCGGAGAGAAAGGUUGUAGAGGAUCACAAGAAGAACAAGAAGCAAAGGCAAACUAGACCGGAGAGAAAGGCUGCAGAGGAUUCCAAGAAGAAGAAGAAGCAAAGGCAAAGUAGCCCGGAGAGAAAGGAGAGAAAGGCUGCAGAGGAACCCAAGAAGAAGAAGAAUCAAAAGCAAAGUAUUGGUAGCCCGGAGAGAAAGGCUGCAUUGGAUCCCAAGAAGAAGAAGAAGCAAAGGCAAAGUAGCCCGGAGAGAAAGGCUGCAGAGGAUCCCAAGAAGAAGAAGCCAAGGCAAAGUAGCCCGGAGAGAAAGGCUGCAGAGGAUCCCAAGCAGAAGAAGAAGAGGCAAAGGCAAAGUAGUCCGGAGAGAAAGGCUGCAGAGGAUCCCAAGAAGAAGAAGCAAAGGCAAAGCAGCUCGGAGAGAAAGGUUGCAGAGGAUUCCAAGAAGAAGAAGACGAAGCAAAGGCAAAAGAGUCCGGAGAGAAAGGCUACAGAGGAUCCCAAGACGAAGAAGAAGUCAAGGCAAACUAGCCCGGAGAGAAAGGCUGCAGAGGAUCCUAAGAAGAAGAAGAAGCAAAGGCAAAGUAGUCCGGAGAGAAAGGCGGCAGAGGAUCCCAAGAAGAAGAAGAAGCAAAGGCAAAGUAGAAAGGUUGCAGAGGAUCCCAAGAAGAAGAAGAAGCAAAGACAAAGUAGCCCGGAAAGAACGGCUGCAGAGGAUUCCAAGAAGAAGAAGAAGCAAAGGCAAACUAGCCCGGAGAGAAAGGCUGCAGAGGAUCCCAAGCAGAAGAAGAAGCAAAGGCAAAGUAGAAAGGUUGCAGAGGAUCCCAAGAAGAAGAAGAAGCAAAGGCAAAGUAACCCGGAGAGAAAGGCUGCAGAAGAUCGCAAGAAGAAGAAGAAGCAAAGGCAAAGUAGCACGGAGAGAAAGGCUGCAGAGGAUCCCAAGAAGAAGAAGAAGAAGCAAAGGCAAAGUAUUGAUAGCCCGGAGAGAAAGGCUACAGAGGAUCCCAAGAAGAAGAAGAAGCAAAGGCAAAGUAGCCCGGAGAGAAAGGCUGCAGAGGCUGCAGAGGACAAGAAGAAGAAGAAGAAGCAAAGGCAAAAUAGCCCGGAGAGAAAUGCUGUAGAGGAUCCCAAGAAGAAGAAGAAGCAAAGGCAAAGUAGCCCGGAGAGAAAGGCUGCAGAGGAUCCCAAAAAGAAGAAGCAAAGGCAAAGUAGCCCGGAGAGAAAGGCUGCAGAAGAUCCCAAGAAGAAGAAGAAGCAAAGGCAAAGUAGCCCGGAGAGAAAGGCUGCAGAGGCAAAGAAGUCCGGAGAGAAAGGCUGCAGAGGAUCCCAAGAAGAAGAAGAGGAAGCAAAGGCAAAGCAGCCCGAGAGAAAGGCUGCAGAGGAUCCCAAGAAGAAGAAGCAAAGGCAAAGUAGCCCUGCAGAGGAUCCGAAGAAGAAGAAGAAGCAAAGGCAAAACAGCCUGGAGAAUAAGGCUAUAGAGGAUCCCAAGAAGAAGAAGAAGCAAAGGCAAACUAGCCUGGAGAGAAAGGCUGCAGAGGAUCCCAAGCAGAAGAAGAAGAGGCAAAGGCAAAGUAGUCCGGAGAGAAAGGCUGCAGAGGAUCCCAAGAAGAAGAAGCAAAGGCAAAGCAGCUCGGAGAGAAAGGUUGCAGAGGAUUCCAAGAAGAAGAAGAAGACGAAGCAAAGGCAAAAGAGUCCGGAGAGAAAGGCUGCAGAGGACCCCAAGAAGAAGAAGCAAAGGCAAAGGAGUCCGGAGAGAAAAGCUGCAGAGGAUCCCAAGAAGAAGAAGAAGCAAAGGCAAAGUAGAAAGGUUGCAGAGGAUCCCAAGAAGAAGAAGCAAAGACAAAGUAGCCCGGAAAGAACGGCUGCAGAGGAUUCCAAGAAAAAGAAGAAGAAGAAGAAGCAAAGGCAAACUAGCCCGGAGAGAAAGGCUGCAGAGGAUUCCAAGAAGAAGAAGAAGCCAAGGCAAAGUAGCCCGGAGAGAAAGGCUGCAGAGGAUCCCAAGAAGAAGAAGAAGAAGCAAAAGCAAAGUAGCCCGGCUGCAGAGGAUCCCAAGGAGAAGAAGAAGCAAAGGCAAAGUAGCCCGGAGAGAAAGGCUGCAGAGGAUCCCAAGAAGAAGAAGAAGCAAAGGAGCCCGGAGAGAAAGAGAGAUCCCAAGAAGAAGAAGCAAAGGAGCCCGGAGAGAAAGGUUGCAGAGGAUCCCAAAAAGAAGAAGAAGCAAAGGCAAAGUAGCCCGGAGAGAAAGGCUGCGCAGAAGAUCGCAAGAAGAAGAAGAAGAAGCAAAGGCAAAGUAGCCCGGAGAGAAAGGCUGCAGAGGAUGAAGCAAAGGCAAAAUAGCCCGGAGAGAAAGGCCGCAGAGGAUCCCAAGAAGAAGAAGAAGACGCAAAGCCAAAGUAGUCCGGAGAGAAAGGCUGCAGAAGCUUCCAAGAAGAAGAACAAGCAAAGGCAAAAGAGCCCGGAGAGAAAGGCUGCAGAGGAUCCCAAGAAGAAGAAGCAAAGGCAAAGUAGUCCGGAGAGAAAGGCUGCAGAGGAUCCCAAGAAGAAGAAGCAAAGGCAAAAUAGCCUGGAGAGAAAGGCUGCAGAGGAUCCCAAGAAGAAGAAGAAGCAAAGGCAAAGUAGCCCGGAGAGUAUGGCUAUAGAGGAUCCCAAGAAGAAGAAGAAGCAAAGGCAACCUAGCCCGGAGAGAAAGGCUGCAGAGGAUCCCAAGAAGAAGAAGAGACAAAGGCAAAGUAGUCCGGAGAGAAAGGCUGCAGAGGAUCCCAAGAAGAAGAAGAAGCAAAGGCAAAGCAGCUCGGAGAGAAAGGUUGCAGAGGAUUCCAAGAAGAAGAAGAAGAAGCAAAAGCAAAAGGGUCCGGCUGCAGAGGAUCCCAAGAAGAAGAAGAAGCAAAGGCAAAGUAGCCCGGAGAGAAAGGCUGCAGAAUAUCCCAAGAAGAAGAAGAAGCAAAGGCAAAGUAGAAAGAUUGCAGAGGAUCCCAAGAAGAAGAAGAAGCAAAGACAAAGUAGCACGGAAAGAACGGCUGCAGAGGAUUCCAAGAAGAAGAAGAAGAAGCAAAGGCAAACUAGCCCGGAGAGAAAGGCUGCAGAGGAUCCCAAGAAGAAGAAGAAGCAAAGGCAAAAAAGAAAGGUUGCAGAGGAUCCCAAGAAGAAGAAGCAAAGGCAAAGUAGCCCGGAGAGAAAGGCUGCAGAAGAUCCCAAGAAGAAGAAGCAAAGGCAAAGUAGCGAGGAGAGAAAGGCUGCAGAGGAUCCCAAGAAAAAGAAGCAAAGGCAAAAUAGCCCGGAGAGAAAGGCUGCAAAUGAUCGCAAGAAGAAGAAGAAGAAGCAAAGGCAAAGUAGCCCGGAGAGAAAGGCUGCAGAGGAUCCCAAGAAGAAGAAGAAGCAAAGGCAAAGUAGCCCGGAGAGAAAGGCUGCAGAGGAUCCCAAGAAGAAGCAGCAAAGGCGAAGUAGCGAGGAGAGAAAGGCUGCAGAGGCUGCAGAGGAUCCCAAGAAGAAGAAGAAGAAGCAAAGGCAAAGUAGUUCGGAGAGAAAGGCUGCAGAGGAUCCCAAGAAGAAGAAGCAAAGGCAAAGUAGCCCGGAGAGAAAGGCUGCAGAGGAUCCCAAAAAGAAGAAGCAAAGGCAAAGUAUCCCGGAGAGAAAGGCUGCAGAAGAUCCCAAGAAGAAGAAGAAGCAAAGGCAAAGUAGUCCGGAGAGAAAGGCUGCAGAGGAUCCCACGAAGAAGAAGAAGAAGCAAAGCCAAAGUAGCCCGGAGAGAAAUGCUGCAGAGGAUCCCAAGAAGAAGAAGAAGGAAAAGAAGAAGAAGAAGCAAAGGCAAAGUAGCCCGGAGAGAAAGACUGCAGAAGAUCCCAAGAAGAAGAAAAAGCAAAGGCAAAGUAGUCCUGCAGAGGAUCCCAAGAAGAAGAAGAAGCAAAGGCAAAGUAGCCCGGAGAGAAAAGCUACAGAGGACCCCAAGAAGAACACGAAGAAGAAGCAAAGGCAAAAUAGCCCGGAGAGAAAAGCUACAGAGGACCCCAAGAAGAAGACGAAGAAGAAGCAAAGGCAAAAUAGCCCGGAGAGAAAGGCUGCAGAGGAUCCCAAGAAAAAGAAGAAGCAAAGGCAAAAUAGCCCGGAGAGAAAGGCUGCAGAGGAUCCCAAGAAGAAGAAGAAGCAAAGGCAAAGUAGUGGUAGCCCGGAGAGAAAGGCUGCAUUGGAUCCCAAGAAGAAGCAGCAAAGGCAAAAGAAACCGGAGAGAAAGGCUGCAGAGGAUCCCAAGAAGAAGAAGAAGCAAAGACAAAAUAGCCCGGAGAGAAAGGCUGCAGAGGAUCCCAAGAAGAAGAAGAAGAAGCAAAGGCAAAGUAACACGGAGAGAAAGGCUGCAGAGGAUCCCAAGAAGAAGAAGAAGAAGCAAAGCCAAAGUAGCCCGGAGAGAAAGGCUGCAGAGAGAAAGGCUAUAGAGGGUCCCAAGAAGAAGGAGCAAAGGCAAAGUAGCCCGGAGAGAAAAGCUGCAGAAGAUCCCAAGAAGAAGAAGAAGCAAAGGCAAAGUAGCCCGAAGAGAAAGGCUGCAGAGGAUCCCAAGAAGAAGAAGAAGCAAAGGCAAAGUAGCCCGGAGAGAAAGGCUGCAGAGGCUGCAGAGGAUCCCAAGAAGAAGAAGAAGAAGCAAAGGCAAAAGAGCCCGGCUGCAGAAGAUCCCAAGAAGAAGAAGAAGCAAAGCCAAAGUAACCCGGAGAGAAAGGCUGCAGAGGAUCCCAAGAAGAAGAAGAAGAAGCAAAGGCAAAAGAGCCCGGAGAGAAAGGCUGCAGAGGAUCCCAAGAAGAAGAAGAAGCAGCAAAGGCAAAGUAGCCCGGAGAGAAAGGCUGCAGAGGCUUCCAAGAAGAAGAAGCAAAGGCAAAGUAGCCCGGAGAGAAAGACUGCAGAGGAUCCCAAGAAGAAGAAGAAGCAGCAAAGCAAAAGUAGCCCGGAGAGAAAGGCUGCAGAGGAUCCCAAGAAGAAGAAGAAGCAAAGGCAAAGUAGCCCGAAGAGAAAGGCUGCAGAGGAUCCCAAGGAGAAGAAGAAGCAAAGGCAAAAAAGCCCGGAGAGAAAGGCUGCAGAGGAUCCCAAGAAGAAGAAGCAAAGGCAAAGUAGCCCGGAGAGAAAGGUUGCAGAGGCUGCAGAGGAUCCCAAGAAGAAGAAGAAGCAAAGGCAAACUAGCCCGGAGAGAAAGGCUGCAGAGGAUCCCAAGAAGAAGAAGAAGCAAAAGCAAAGUAGCCCGGAGAGAAAGGCUGUAGAGGAUCCCAAGAAGAAGAAGCCAAGGCAAAGUAGUCCGGAGAGAAAGGCUGCAGAGGAUCCCAAGAAGAAGAAGAAGCAAAGAUACAAUAGCCCGGAGAGAAAGGCUGCAGAGGAUCCCAAGAAGAAGAAGAAGCAAAGGCAAAGUGGCCCAGAGAGAAAGGCUGCAGAGGAUCCCAAGAAGAAGAAGCAAAGGCAAAGUGGCCCAGAGAGAAAGGCUGCAGAGGAUCCCAAGAAGAAGAAGAAGCAAAGACAAAGUAGCCCGGAGAGAAAGGCUGCAGAGGCUGCAGAGGGUCCCAAGAAGAAGAAGAAGCAAAGGCAAAGUGGCCCGGAGAGAAAGGCUGCAGAGGAUCCCAAGAAGAAGAAGAAGAAGAAGCAAAGGCAAAGUAGCCCGGAGAGAAAGGCUGCAGAGAAUCCCAAGAAGAAGAAGCAAAGGCAAAAUAGCCCGGAGAGAAAGGUUGCAGAGGAUCCCAAGAAGAAGAUGCAAAGGCAAAAUAGUCCGGAGAGAAAGUCUGCAGAGGAUCCCAAGAAGAAGAAGAAGCAAAGGCAAAACAGCCCGGAGAGAAAGGCUGCAGAGGAUCCCAAGAAGAAGAAGAAGCAAAGGCAAAGUAGCCCGGAGAGAAAGACUGCAGAAGAUCCCAAGAAGAAGAAGAAGCAAAGGCAAAGUAGCCAGGAGAGAAAGACUGCAGAGGAUCCCAAGAAGAAGAAGGAAGCAAAGGCGAAAAAGCAAAGUAGCCAGGAGAGAAAGACUGCAGAGGAUCCCAAGAAGAAGAAGGAUGCAAAGGCGAAAAAGUCCGGAGAGAAGGCUAUAGAGGAUCCCAAGAAGAUCAAGAAGCAAAGGCAAAGUAGUCCGGAGAGAAAGGCUGCAGAGGAUCCCAAGAAGAAGAAGCAAAGGCAAAGUAGUCCGGAGAGAAAGGUUGCAGAGGAUCCCAAGAAGAAGAAGAAGAAGCAAAGGCAACGUAGCCCGGAGAGAAAGGCUGCAGAGGAUCCCAAGAAGAAGAAGCCAAGGCAAAGUAGCCCGGAGAGAAAGGCUGCAGAGGAUUUCAAGAAGAAGAAGCAAAGGCAAAGUAGCCCGGAGAGAAAGGCUGCAGAGGAUCUCAAGAAGAAGAAGAAGCAAAGACAAAAUAGCCCGGAGAGAAAGGCUGCAGAGGAUCCCAAGAAGAAGAAGAAGCAAAGACAAAGUAGCCCGGAGAGAAAGGCUGCAGAGGAUCCCAAGAAGAAGAAGUACAGGCAAAGUAGCCCGGAGAGAAAGGCUGCAGAGGAUCCCAAGAAGAAGAAGAAGCAAAGGCAAAGUAGCCCGGAGAGAAAGGCUGCAGAGGAUCCCAAGAAGAAGAAAAAGCAGCAAAGAAAACGUAGCCCGGAGAGAAAGGCUGCAGAGGUUGCAGAGGAUCCCAAGAAGAAGAAGCAAAGGCAAAGUAGCCCGGAGAGAACGGCUGCAGAGGAUCCCAAGAAGAAGAAGAAGAAAAGGCAAAGUAGCCCGGAGAGAAAGGCUGUAGAGGAUCCCAAGAAGAACAAGCAAAGGCAAAGUAGCCCGGAGAGAAAGACUGCAGAGGAUCCCAAGAAGAAGAAGAAGCAAAGGCAAAGUAUUGGUAGCCCGGAGAGAAAGGCUGCAGAGGAUCCCAAGAAGAAUAAGAAGCAAAGGCAAAGGAGUCCGGAGAGAUUAGCUACAGAGGAUCCCAAGAAGAAGAAGCAAAGGCAAAGUAGCCCGGAGAGAAAGGCUGCAGAGGAUCCCAAGAAGAAGAAGAAGCAAAGGCAAAGUAGCCCGGAGAGAAAGGCUGCAGAGGCAAAGCAGCCCGGAGAGAAAGGCCAAGAAGAAGAGGAUCCCAAGAAGAAGAAGAAGAAGCAGAGGCAAAGUAGCCCGGAGAGAAAGGCUGCAGAGGAUCCCAAGAAGAAGAAGAAGCAAAGGCAAAGUAGUGGUAGCCCGGAGAGAAAGGCUGCAUUGGAUCCCAAGAAGAAGCAGCAAAGGCAAAAGAAACCGGAGAGAAAGGCUGCAGAGGACCCCAAGAAGAAGAAGAAGCAACGACAAAAUAGCCCGGAGAGAAAGGCUGCAGAGGAUCCCAAGAAGAAGAAGAAGCAAAGGCAAAGUAACACGGAGAGAAAGGCUGCAGAGGAUCCCAAGAAGAAGAAGAAGCAAAGGCAAAGUAGGCCGGAGAGAAAGGCUGCAGAGGAUCCCAAGAAGAAGAAGAAGCAAAGGAAAAGUAACACGGAGAGAAAGGCUGCAGAGGAUCCCAAGAAGAAGAAGCAAAGGCAAAGUAGCCCGGAGAGAAAGGCUGCAGAGGAUCCCAAGAAGAAGAAGAAGCAAAGGCAAAGUAGCCCGGAGAGAAAGGCUGCAGAGGAUCCCAAGAAGAAGAAGAAGAAGCAAAGGCAAAGUAGCCGGGAGAGAAAGGCUGCAGAGGAUCCCAAGAAGACGAAGAACCAAAAGCAAAAUAGCCCGGAGAGAAAGGCUGCAGAGGAUCCCAAGAAGAAGAAGCAAAGGCAAAGUAGCCCGGAGAGAAAGGCUAUAGAGGGGUCCCGGAGAGAAAGGCUGCAGACGAUCCCAAGAAGAAGAAGAAGCAAAGGCAAAAGAGCCCGGAGAGAAAGGCUGCAGAGGAUGAAGCAAAGGCAAAAUAGCCCGGAAAGAAAGGCUGCAGAGGAUCCCAAGAAGAAGAAGAAGCAAAGGCAAAGUAGCCCGGAGAGAAAGGCUGCAGAGGAUCCCAAGAAGAAGAAGCAAAGGCAAAACAGCCCGGAGAGAAAGGCUGCAGAGGAUCCCAAGAAGAAGAAGCAAAUGCAAAGUAGCCCGGAGAGAAAGGCUGCAGAGGAUCCCAAGAAGAGUCAAGGCCAAAUCAGAUCCCACGAGAAGAUAAGCGCAACGGCAAAGUAUCCCGGAAGUAAGGCUGCCAGAGGCUUACCCAAGAAGAAGAAGUGCAAAAGGCAAAGUAGCCCGGAGAGAAAGGCUGCAGAGGAUCCCAAGAAGAAGAAGAAGAAGCAAAGGCAAAAUUGCCCGGAGAGAAAGGCUGCAGACGAUCCCAAGAAGAAGAAGAAGCAAAGGCAAAGUAGCCCGGAGAGAAAGGCUGCAGAGGAUCCCAAGAAGAAGAAGCAAAGGCAAAAUAGCCCGGAGAGAAAGGCUGCAGAGGAUCCCAAGAAGAAGAAAAAGAAGAAGCAAAGGCAAAAUAGCCCGGAGAGAAAGGCUACAGAGGAUCCCAAGAAGAAGAAGCAAAGGCAAAGUGGCCCGGAGAGAAAGGCUGCAGAGGAUCCCAAGAAGAAGAAGCAAAGGCAAAGUAGCCCGGAGAGAAAGGUUGCAGAAGAUCACAAGAAGAAGAAGAAGCAAAGGCAAAAUAACAAGGAGAGAAAGGCUGCAGAGGAUCCCAAGAAGAAGAAGAAGCAAAGGCAAAAUAGCCCGGAGAGAAAGGUUGCAGAGGAUCCCAAGGAGUAG